AUGCACUUCUCUAAUGUGUUUUGGAGCUCUGAUCAUGAUUAUCAGUCCCAAGUAUCCAAUUUCCUAGGUGUUGUGGACUCGUCUGUCAAAGAGGUUAGUCAAACCAUAGAUUACGUUGAGAAGAUCAAACAAACACAAUUGAAUAGUUCAGCUGCUAUCAGCAAUGUGGUUGAGAAUUCAUACUUGAGUAAAUCAAAAAAUCCUCAAACCUUGAUGGCAAAAUCUCCUGUGUUAGACGGUUCUCAACCACUACUCGCUCCUAAACCUCAUGAUGAACCUUCUGUUAGAUCGUUGAGCGCUAAUUAUGAAUUGCAUUUGGAUAAUAUGUCAGAUAUCUCUUAUAGCAGAGAAUCCUUGUCCAACCAAAUUGAUGCCAAGGUUUUGUAUGAGAUCGGCGAAUUCAGGGAUGUGUACCAAACUUUUAAUAGAGAAACUUCAAAGCAGUUGAAUGAUUACUUAAAUGAAUACCAAAAACUCUUGAAACUCGCGAAUACUCGCCAGAAUACCUACUUCAAUAAAUGCAAAAGCUUGGAAGAGUAUCAGGAAGAACCUGCCGGUGAAACUGCCCCAAUAACCAGUAAUGCGACCCUCAAACCAGUGGCGACAUUCCAUAAGCGUUCAUUCAGUAACUCCAGUGCCAGAUCAAGUGUUCAUGGAAGCCCGGAAGCUAAUAAUACGCAACAACAACUUUCGCCGUUCAAUCAACUCACCAGGACCAUUUCUAAUGCCAUCAGUAGGCAAAAUUCCGACGAUGAAGACACUAGUGAUUCUAGUGUCUCCGAAGUCGAAUCGGAUUCAGAGUUUGAGGACGAUCCAGAUAAUUUCUUGGAAAAAUUGGAAUUCCCUAUGAAAUUAGGAUCUUCACAAGUUUUCAGAAACUUGAACGAAUUGCAAGAUUUUUGCAAAAAAUUGUACCAUGACGCCUCCAAUUUGGAAAGAAAUGUCAUCCAAAAUAAGCGCACAAGUUUUAUCCCGUCAUUUUCGGUUUCCAAUGAAGAUCAAAGUGGUGAGAAGACAGUGUUCAUCUCUAAUCAUGAGUUGGGCAACUGGCUAAGGUUAAACCGCCCAAGUACCGAGAAUUCUAUUAGAAACAUUGAGCUCUACGGCCAGUCUUUAGCGGUCAAUGAAUUGAUAAAAUUAUCGGUAUUUAAGAAUUCUUUUUUCAAUAAUUUGAUUUCUAACAAGUUUCAAAUCACAAAUGAAGACCAAGAAAUGGUUUAUGAAUUCACCAAGUUUUUCAAAUUUGUUAUGACCUUCAAUAUGGAACACCACGAAAUGUUAAAGCAGCAAAAAAUUCAAUGCAAGAUGCAGGCAAAGAUGAGAAAAAAAGAAUUAAAGCACGUUAAACGCGAGAAAAAAGUAUGGGAAGAAAAGCAACAUAGUAGGGUUGCAAGCAUUGAACUUAACAAUAACGUCAAUAACAAAGUCCCAGACUAUAUUGAAGACUUGAGAAGAUCUGAAAUUUCCACCCCAAAGAACCGGUCGAGAACCAACACUUUGAAUGUCAAUAGCAUUCCAAGAUCAACUUCAAACAAUGGUAUUGCUGGCUAUCUUUCUAGUCAAUUGAAAACCUUGUCAAUCAUUGCUUCUCCGGAAACAGUGAAUAAAAAGAAGGAAUCCCUCAGAGCUAGCAUCAACACUGCAGAAGUUCAAUACAAGCAAACCGUCCAAGAUAUCGAUGUGCUUAAAAGGAAUUUUGAAUUUGCUUUUGAUAAUUCGGUGAUGAACUUCCAAAGCUAUGAAAAAAGAAAGUCCUUUUUGAUUAUCAAUUGCUUAAACUAUCUUAGUUUUUUGAUGAUGAAACAGUCAGAAUAUGAACACAAGAAAUUUGUCAAACUAAAUAAUUUGAUCACCCAGUCUAAUAAUCAAAAGCUUAUUGAUUUGGAAUUGAACUCGAUUCUUGAAUCAAACUCGUUGUAUUAUUACUCUCCAUUCACCAGUAUGAAGUUUGUGAAAAAUGGCAUCAGUUUGAAUCCUUCAUUAUUAGCUCACAAAUAUUUAUUGAGUGAUGUUAAUUUGUUUGGCACCGAUGUUUCAUUAUUACCGCAGUAUAAUAACGCCAAUAAUUUGAUGAAAUUCAGUGUGCCUAUUAUCUUGGGGGAAUUCAUUGAUAAACUAUACAACUCGUUCUUGGUAAAUUAUGAUGAUCAAUUGAAUAACAAUGUCCAUGAUUCCUUGAAAAGCCCAAAGAUUGAGCAAUUCGGGAACGAGGAUAUAAGCAAUGGUUUACUUGAAUUGGGAAAUUUUGCAAGAAAUUCUUGGACCCAACCUUUCAACAUUUUAGAAGCUUAUAAUUUGCGUCAAUCACUUAUCGAUUUGUAUGAUGAAUUACAAGAAGAACUUAUUGAAGAACGGAAAAAUGAGUUGAACUCUAUUGGAGCAACCAGUACGAAAGUACAAGAAUUUCAAAACGAGGUUAUUAAAAAAUGUGUGGCGAAGUUAUUCGAUGGUGCAGGGCUUGGUGACUUGAUUUCUUGCUUAAAGUUAUGGUUACUUGAACUACCGGACAGCUUAAUUUCUUUUGUGGUAUUUGAAAAAUUGAAGAGUACCUAUUUUGAAUUGUACAGUGCAAUGCUGACAUGGGAAGCUGAAAAUGAGGAACAACAGACUGAAGAUGGGGGCACUAAAUUCCCAGAUGAUGCUAAAUUCGAAAGAUUUGAUAAAAUUUUGAAAUUAUUUAAUAUGAUUCCAAGAAGUAAUUUAGCAUCUUUACAUAUGGUAUUGAGCCAUAUUUCCAAUGUUUCAUCGAUGGGAUUCAGCUUCUCUGGUGAUCAGCAGCAAUUAGAGACUUUUAAACUUUUACAAGAAAAGUUUAUUAAUGAUUUAAUCAAUCCAGUGUCCACGGAAAAUAAUGCAUUCCCGUUACUGCAUUUAUUGUUGAGAACUUCUAAAAGCAAAUCGAAAACCAACGCCACCGCCCUGAUGUCGUCGUCGAUGCCAUUUUUGAGUUCCUCUAUUUCCCAGGUUUCCAGUCCAGUCAUUGAUGGCAAUAAUUCUAAUGCUCUUAGACUAACCAACUUGAAAGUUCAAUUUUUCUUCAAGUAUUUGAUGAAAGAUUUACUUGAAGACGCUUUCCUCACAAAACUUGAAUUUUCAAUAAAGGAACGGGAAACCAAUCAACAAAAGUCAUUAAAGAUUAAAAACAUAAAAGAAAAAGAAUCGAUAAAAAGUAUUAGUGCUAAUAAUUCACCAUCACUCUCACGAAAUAAUGUGAAGGUCUUUGGUGAUUCUAUUGUUGGGAGACCUCGCAAGACUUCAACUUCUACGUCAUCAAAUUCAAUUAGUCAAGUGAUGAUGUCUGUUCCAAAUAACUAUAGUGUCAGCAAACUCAAUGAGGAGGUUUAUAAUAGUGUUAAUGGUCCUACUGGGUCGCCAGUAUUGAGUCGUGCUGAAUCUGUUAAUUCUAACACAAGCAGCGCGCCAACAAUCAUGGUGGAAGGUCUUGCGUUGAGAUCUUUUGGUACUAAGAACAGAGUGCCUAAAGUGGAUAGUCCAAAGGUCGCUGUUACUCCUACUUUUAGUUCCGAAGCAUUUGAGGGUCAGAAGCCAGUGAAUACCUCUAUCGAGAAUGUUUCUCCUGCUGAUGGUAGUGAUCUCUUAGGGUCACCAGUGAUAUCUGGGGGAACCAAGAGAGCUAGAAGAAAGAGUUUUAGUUUGCUAAAUAAUGGUAGUGGUAUCAAGCUUGUACAGCCUGAUGAUAAUGCAUCUAACCAGAAGUAA